AUGGCUCAAGCGGGUGAAGCUCGGGGUAAUGAAGAACCUGAACUUGUCAAAGCUCCCGUUGUUAGUAAUAGAGUAGCGGCAGAAACAAAGGGUAAACUCUCUGGAAAAUAUAAUGAACCUGUGAGUGCGCCAAGGAUUGCUAAUUGCCAAAGCUAUCAAGAAUGUACUGAACCUACUCAACUCUCAUCUCAAGUACAAGAAGCUGCUGGUGAAUCUGGUCUUGGUCAGCCUGGUGGAGUAGGCUCUGGUAUUACUAGUCCAUCCAUAAAAGUACCUAGUGGAGAUACUGAUGAAACUCAAAAUCCAGGUACUACUACUGCUGAUCAUACUACUUCUGAAGAAUCACAAACUGCUGUUGAUACUACUGCUUCUCAAACUAAUCUUUCUCAUACUCCUGGAGGAUCUAAUGGUCUACCUGGUCCUCCUGGAGGUGGUUCUACUGCUGCUAGUGGAGAUACUAUAGAAGAUACUCCUCAAGCUGCUGGAUCUCAAGGACCUGAAAGUGGAGGAAGGGCCGCUGUUCUAUCUCCUGGUCUUCUUGGACCCAAUGGUACUGGUUCUGAAGAGAAAGGUGGAGGUGAUGAAGGAGAUUUGGUUAAAGAUGCUAAAAAAGAAUCUGAGGUUAACUCUCCUAGCUCAUCUGGCCUAGCUACUAAGAAUCAAGGUGGAGGUACCCCUAGUAAAGAAGCUAAAACUGCUGCUCUAGCUCGAUCCUCAGUCUCUACUCUUGGACCUCCUGAUCCUGAUACUCCUCCUACUGCUACUGGCUCAUCUGGCCUAUCUGCUACUACUCAAGAUGCUGCUCAAUCUGGAGAUGGUAAUGGUGGACAAGCUGGUAGAGAUGGACUUACUGGUAAAGUUGAUGAAGAUACUGAACCUCCUAAAGAAGGUGGUUACGAGGCUCUCACCUCUCUCCUACAACUCCUGAAGGGUCAACCACCAAAACACUCUCUACGACACUCUAUCCCUGUUACCUACUCAUUCAUCCACACUAUGCAUAAUUUGCAAUAG